CGAGACGAAAUCGAUCAUUGUUGUUGGUGAGAUUUUUUUUCUCAAAUCACAAUAAAAACUACGUGAAUGUUAAAAAUUUACUUGAGAUGUUGAUAAUUAACAACGGUGUCGAUUAAACUUCAUUAGCUUUAACCUGGCACGGCUGAACAAUGGAGUCUCAUCCACUGAAUUUGGCGCAUCAACAACAUCGUCGUGCCGAAGCUCAUCUAAUAAACAACCGAUACGAUGAAGCGAUGCAGUGCCACCACAAUGCUGCUGAAUUGUUGCUUGACGCUAUGAAAUCUACGACGUCUUCAGUAGCAUUGGAGUCCAUAACACUUCAACACAGCUACCAUCUCAAGCAAAAAGACCUAAUUAAAAGCAAGAAAGACCAAUAUGCACGUGUUAAAAAGGCGAUGGACACUAUUAAGUGUCUUGGCAAGGAUCCAUUCUCAAACCUUCAGGGCCAUGAGUAUGCUAAGCUGCAAGUCGCUAUUUUCAGAGCUAUAAAUGAAACAGACUCUCUAUUACACUUUUUAUCUAAUACAAAUGAUAGCCCUGUAGAACAAAGGCUAGGGAGAGAAAAAAUACUCCCUACAGGGGAUGUUACAGAUGGUUUUAAGACAGAGAAAACACAAGAAACUGUUAUAGAAGAAUUACGGAUACUAAGUCAAAAUCUGCACUCUCUAGUUGAACAAUUAGUACUACAAGUGGAAGUCCUUAAAGAUGAGAAUGUUACAUUAAAAGAAAGGGUAAAUUACUUAGAAAAAGAGAGAGUGAGGUACCUGAACCUCCCUUCAAGUGACUUUCAACAAAACUUCUCCACCUUAAGCAUGGUGACUGAGAGUUUACCAAUGGAGUCUGCUCAGAGAGUACCUGUCAUACCCAUACCCACCUCAUUGGCUGGCCCAGUUGACCCUAACUUUGAUUUAACAGCUUUGCGGGAAUAGUACUUAUAUUAAUUGACAUAAUAUGCCAUCAUGAAGGCAACAUAUUGAGUGAAGAUAU